CUGUCGCGUCCUUUGACACGCUUAACCGUUUAUGAAAACGAUUUUGCUACAUUUUUGCUGACAUUUUGAUCGUUUUACCAUGCCAAAUAUUUACAAAAAAUUCAGGAAGUUACGUCGAAGGCGAUAUAUUCGUACUUAGUAGUAAUUACAACGUGAAAGUGUGUGAACUCCAAAAACUAAGAUAGUGCCGUGUUCCAUCACAUAUAUUUGCUUUAUUGAUAUUUUGAGUGUCACAGGCCUUGUGGUGCCUAUGCAUAUCUUGAGAAUUUGGACUGUGUUCUAGAUUAUUUUAAGAAUAUAAAGUUUUUCACAUUUGGUUAAAUCAUUUAGCAAACAUGUCAGAAAUAGUUUACCCGCAAGGGUGCAGAUCUGUCACAGAAGAUCUGGGUCCAGACGAACUUAUUAGGAGAUUAAAGACAUUAGCUCAUACAUUACAAGCAAUGGGCCAAGAUGAAGGAAUGUAUCAACAAUAUAUACCACUUGCAUUACAUUUGGCUGAAGAACAUUUUUUGAUGCAUCAAAGUAAAGAUGUACAACUUCUGAUUGCGUGUUGUAUUGCCGAUGUUUUGAGAGUUUAUGCUCCAGAAGCUCCAUAUAAAGAUGCAGAGCAGGUCAAAACAAUAUUUUUGUUUCUGAUUAAACAGUUAGCUGGAUUAAAAGAUCCAAAAGAUCCUGCUUUUAAAAGAUAUUUUUAUCUUUUGGAAAAUUUAGCAUAUGUGAAAUCAUUUAAUAUGUGUUUUGAAUUAGAGGAUUGCCAAGAAAUCUUCUGUGCACUUUUUUCUCUUAUGUUUAGGAUAGUAAACGAUGAACAUUCUGGAAAAGUCAAAAGUUUUAUGUUAGAUGUAUUAUGUCCACUUAUUACAGAAUCAGACAUUGUUAGCAAUGAACUUUUAGACAUCAUACUUAUGAAUAUUGUAGAGCCAAACAAGACACAGAAGAAGAAUGCAUAUUUACUUGCAAAAGAACUAGUAAUUAAAUGUAGCGAUACAUUAGAACCAUAUAUUCAAGCAUUCUUUAAUCAUGUAUUAAUCUUGGGCAAGGAAGAAAAAAGCUUACAAAUUUGCAAAAAAGUGUACGAUUUAAUUUAUGAAUUGAAUCAUAUAUGUCCAAGCGUCUUGUUGUCCGUCCUACCACAGUUAGAAUGUAAACUAAAAUCUUCCUCAGAAUCCGAAAGAUUGGGUGCUGUAGCAUUGUUAGCAAGAAUGUUUUCUGAGAAAGGAUCUCAAUUAGCUGUGCAACAUACGCAAUUAUGGCGCGCAUUUUUAGGAAGAUUUAAUGACAUCAGUGUAUCAAUUCGCAUCAAAUGUGUGCAGUAUUCAAUGCAUUUUUUAUUAAACCAUCCCGAAUUGAGGAAAGAUAUUACUGAUACUUUAAAGUUAAGACAACACGAUGCGGACGAAAGUGUUCGAUAUGAAGUUGUUAUGGCUAUAGUGACCACUGCCAGGAGGGAUUUUGAAGUAGUGUCAGACAGUGAAGAUUUGUUAGAAUUUUUUAAAAUCAGGAAAGAAGCAAUGGCAGGAUUAGCAAUGAUAUAUAAGAAACAUUUGAAUGAUGCGGAUGUACCGCAAGCUACAAAAAAGGCUGUUACUUGGAUAAAAGAUAAAAUAUUACAUGGUUAUUAUAUGGCAGGAAUGGAAGACAGAUUAUUGGUAGAAAGAUUAUUAAACACUUGCUUAGUACCUUAUCAACUACCAGCUGGUGAAAGAAUGAAAAAAUUGUAUCAUUUAUUAGGUACAAUUGAUGACCAUGCAUCUAAAGCAUUUGUUGAAUUACAAAAGCAUCAACUUGCUGUGCGAAGGGCAGUGGUUGAAUGGUUAGAAAUUGUAAAAAAGCCAGAUGCUAUGGUUGAAGUUGUAACUAAAAUUCAUCAAAUAUCUCGCUUUCUACCAGAUCCUAUGAAGGUGCAAGAAUUUUUACAGAAGUUUAGUGCUCACAUGAAAAAAGAUUCAGCUUUGUUGCAAGGAAUGGAAACAAUAGUUCAACCAAAUGUUUCUUGUAAAGAAUGCGCAGAUACAAUAAAUGCUUUCAUUCGUAUUUGGUCCACAUUUUCUUCAUAAUGAUAUUCUCAUGCAACUUGUCCAGCUUUUGCAAUUGGAGGAUGAAAUGGUAGCACCAUUAGUUCUUUCGAUUUUCACAUUUUUAGGAAAAUAUAAACCUUUAUGUGAUGUUGCACCGGAUAUUAUGAAUCUUAUGGUUCCAAUAUGUAAAAAUUUCGCAGAAACAGGAACACCGAAACAAGCAAAACAAGCUGUUAGGUGUUUAUUUGUUAAUAUGACUAAUAUCCAUGAUACUAUUUUUCCUGAAAUUAUUGAAAGAAUUAAAAAUAGUCUUACACCAACUUCAGAAUAUUAUCGAACAUCUAUAGUUACAUUAGGUCAUAUAGCUUAUAAUUUACCAGAAAAGUAUCAAGUACAAAUAAAAAAUAUGGUAUCUAGGAAGAUAGUCAAGGAGUUAUUAGUAAAAGAAAGCAGUGAACAAACUGCUGAUACUAUUGAAGGAGACUGGUGCAGAGAAGAUCAAUUACCUGAGGAAACACGUUGUAGAUUAGAAGGGUUAAAGUGUAUGGCCCGCUGGUUACUAGGAUUGAAGACUGACGUACUUUCUGCGCAAAAAACAUUUAGAAUGUUGAAUGCAUUUGUAGUAAACAAAGGAGAUCUUUUGCAGCAGAGUCGUUUAAGUAGAGCAGAAAUGAGUUGGUUACGAUUACAGGCUGGCUGUUCAAUGCUAAAGAUUUGCGAACAAAAAGGUGUUGGUGAUCAAUUUACGGCAGAGCAAUUCUACAAUUUGUCUCAACUCAUGGUGGACGAAGUUCCACAAGUGAGAGAAGCUUUUGGUAGCAAAUUACACAAAGGACUUGGAAGAGGAAUUCCAAAUAAGUGUUUGCCACUAGAUUUUAUGGGCUACUAUGCUCUUGCUGGCAAGGAACAGGAUAAAAGAUUAAAAUGUGUUUUAAAAACUUAUAUGCAAACCGAUAUAAAUAAGAGAAGGGAUUAUGUUAAAACAUUGUCAUUGGGUACAGUGGAACGGGCCAUGGGUCAACUGCCUCACAUUCUUCCUGACUACAUGUUAGUAUUUGCAGUCCCUAUUCUUGCACAUGAUCCAGAAUUUACAAGUCAUCUAAUGAUUAAUCAGUUGAAAGUAAUACAGCAAUGUUUAUGGUUUAUAUUAGAACCACUUAUAACAAAGAAUGAAUAUUAUUGUUAUGGUUUUUAUAAAAAUCUUAUAGAACGAAUGAAGAGUCAUAAAGAUGCUUUAAAACCUGAAGAUAAUAACAUGAAUUAUAAAUUAUGGGCUGUUUGCGAUUUGGCUAUGAAUGUAAUAUACACAAAAACAACAAAUUUCGACAUGAAAGAAUUCCCAAGUGAAACACGAAUUCCCACUAUGUACUUCAAACGAGCAGAUGAAUUAUUGGCUAAUACUAGGAACUACUUACCUGCUGAAAUGCAAAUAAAUAUGUCAAAUCCUAAAGGAAAAGGUUCUCUUCAUAAUACACAUUCUGUCAGUGAAAGACCACAACGUAGAGCUAAGUCUAAACAACAAAAGGAAGUGGGCAUUGGGCCAAAUGAAACUGAUGCAAGGGUAAGACAAUUAAAGUAAUACAUAGCUUUCACACAAAAUAUGAUUUAGACUGUUAAUUGAUGUAGAUUUAAUUUAUAAUUUUCUUAUGAAUGAUGUGUGUGUGUGUAUGUGUAAAUAAUAGUCUUAAAAAAAACUAUGAGUAUAUGUAAUUUCAAGCUGCAAAUUGGAGAAGUGGAAUGUAUUGAUGCACAGGUAAAAUUAUUUAUAAUAUAUUUAUAUCAAACAUUUAUUUUUAUUUCAUAAUAUAUCAUAUUUCAUAUUUCAUAAAUAUAAAAUGCCAUAUAAAUGUAUUAAACAUUUUCUUACAGCCAGCAGAAGCAUCGGAAACUAGAAUUCAAUUACCUGGUUUAGAGGAAGAAGUAAGUAAAAUAUAUUUGUAAUUGCAAUUUGAUGUAUAGUAAAGCUAUAAUUUUUCAGAUUGAAGAACCACCAGCAAAGAGGGCAUUAAGAGAAUCAGAUAAAGUAAAUAAAUAAUUAAGUGAAUGAACUGUAUUCAAGGGGAUGUUAGGAAUAGGGGAAAGACUUAAAGGACGUGGUGAUCAUAAGAAUUAAAGAAUCUAAAAAAUACUUUACAAAUUAGAAAACAGAAUAUUUUGGUUAUGUACAACAAUUAAUAAACCUGUCAUUCGCGUAUGUUUAGAAAGUAAGAUGUUAAGAUAAUGAUACAGUAACGUCAAAUAAUUAAUACAUAUAAGCUUACAAGUCAAAGAACUUUGUGGAGUUGCAUUCUUAAAAAAAUUAAAAAUUUAGUAUUUGGCUAUGUAAAAGAUAUUCUUGUUUUAAUGAUGAAAUGAAACAUAAAUUUUGGUUUUAAUUUCUCUAUACAUUAAGAAAAGCAAUGGCACAUUUAAUGAUAAAAAAUACAAUCCUUCAAACUUUAUAACUGUAUGACCAUUAUCUUUUUUAUAUAAGUUUUGAAAAAUAUUUCCCAAUUAAAAGUCUUUCUUUCUUAUGAAACAUCUGACAAUUGUUAUAUUGUUCACUUUUGCAUUGAUGAAUACAAAUGUUUAUACUAUUUCAUGCGCAUUUUUCUUCAUAGAUUAAUGAAACUAUACAAAAUUUUUGUAAACCAUUUCAAAUAGUAAAAUCCAUACACGAUAUCAUCGAAUUUAAUUGUAGUUUUCAGUAAAAAAUAA